UCAUAAUAUACAGAUUUUAAUUUCAGCACUUUUCUGUGACUACCUUUUCUACAUUCCAGCCACUGCUGGAGAGAGACUGUUGGAUGAUUCCGGCUCGAUUAAAAUGUCUGUUUUGGUUUUGACAUGUUGGCUCGAUGGUGUCGCGAUAACAUCAUACAUCCGCGGUGUGAAUACCGAAAUGUAGAAAAAUAAUUUUCAGUCUGUUCUUGGUGUUCAAGAAGAAAACGCACUUCGUUUCAGCUCAGUGUGGCGCACCGUACUGCGCAUGCGUGUGAGUGGUGCCAUGAAGGUAAAGGUGAUCUCCAUCCUGGAGGACAACUACAUGUACCUGGUGAUUGAAGAGCAGAGUAAACAGGCCAUAGCUGUGGAUCCAGCUGUACCACACCGGCUGCUAGAAAUAGUCAAGAGAGAGGGUUUGUCCCUGAUUGCUAUUCUCACCACACACCACCACUGGGACCAUGCCCGAGGGAAUGAAGCUCUGCUCAAAGAGAUUCCUGGACUGAAAGUGUACGGGGGAGAUGACCGUAUUGGUGGUCUGACUGAUAAAGUCGUUGAUGCUCAGGAACUCAAGUUUAACUCCAUCAAUGUGAGGUGCCUAUUUACCCCCUGCCAUACCUCUGGUCACAUGUGCUACUUUGUUUGGGAGGAUGAGUGCACUGACGCCCCGGCUGUGUUCACAGGAGACACGCUCUUUAUUGGUGGAUGUGGGCGGUUCCUUGAGGGUACGGCUGAGCAGAUGUAUCACAAUCUCACCCAGGUUUUGGGCUCCCUGCCUCAAGACACAAAGGUGUUUUGUGGACAUGAGUACACCAUUAAAAAUCUGAAGUUUGCCAUGCUGGUGGAGCCAGAGAAUGAGAAGGUUAAAGAGAUGCUGAGCUGGGCCAGGGCGAGAGAUGAUGACGACAAGCCCACGGUGCCAUCGACUCUAAUGGAUGAGUUCGAAUAUAACCCUUUUCUUCGUCUCUCGGAGGAAGGAGUGCAAAAGUUCACGGGGAAGACAGACCCUAUAGAGGUGCUGAGGGUCCUUCGGAAAGAGAAGGACAAGUUCAAAAAGCCCAAGGAGAGACUUCCUCCACAUGCAAUGUUGGCUUUGGAGUGGGGACUUCUCAGGCCCUGAGAUCCAGUUUCAGGACUCUGAAUGUGGGACAUUAAUGAACAGUGCUGAUUGACCAAUUUCAGCAUGACACAACUGUAGAGUGGUGUUAAUGUGGGUGUUCUAUCUUAAAUGUAAUCAGUUUGGCCUGCUAGGGGCUGAUUAACCCCCAUGGACGUGUGUGUUGUGGAACUAAUGUCUACACAAAAGGCCAUUUCAAAGCUGCUAAAUAAUGCUAGAAACUACAUUAAUUUAAGGGCUGGUCCCCCAGUCUGUUCUGCACAAACUGCACCAGGAAAUGUCUGAUAUUGAUGAACUUCUGUUUAUCAUAACACCACUUACAUGUGUUGCAUUAAAUAACUGGCAUUAGCAGAAAUAUAAGAAUUUCUUUUCCUUGAUAUGGACUGUCACAGAUGUUAAUUUCUGGUCACAAAUCUCUCAUUUAACCUUAUUUCAGUUUGGACAGACUAUGUAUUUUCCUUCUUUUUUUUUUUUUUUUUACACUUUUGCUGAGUUAAUUUACCAUCAAAUACAAUUGUAUUGUGGACUCAUCUGUCAUUUGGGUGGAGAAAACUUGCAGUUUACAUUACUAUGAAUAUACAGAUCUUAAAAAAUGACUACAAUUAAAUAAUGUGUUUAUUUUUCAAAAUAUAUAAUCAUGGAUUACAUAAAUAUGGAAUGAUUAUAUUUUGACAUUUUACAAAUAUUACAUUUGUAUUACUCCAGUGUCAAACGUAACAGGUGCCACACUUGUAAAUGUAUUAACUAUUUCCUACAUUUAAAAGGGCCAUCAUAAAAUACUGCAUAUGAUUUG